UCCUUGGAGUUUUAAAGGGCACCCUGAACAAGUGGCUGGGAAGUUGACAGGUAAUCGGUUGUCUGAUGACUGUGAAACUGAGAGCGUGGCUCAGGCUUUAAAUUCAGGCUUUAAAUUCAUUUUCAAAGUAAUCCGCUGAAAAAAACUGAAUAAAAUACAUAACGAGGAAAAAACAGACAAUAGGAUACGACCAGUGCGUGCCUUUCUCAGUCAUUUGAUUUGUAUAGAUUAAGUAAUCCGCGGAACUCCUUCGAAGUUGUUGCACUUUGAGACAGACACGAUCAUGAUCCUCCUGACGCCCUCCUCUGAUGAAGAGUCUCUUGAAUUCGCCUGGCUUUGGAAUCACAGGAAGUUCAGGGUGAAAAACACUUGAAAGGUUGCUACUGCAACAGUUAAAAAUAUUGAAACUUUGCAGGUCAUUAUCUGUGCAUAUUGUCUUGGACAGCACUGUGACUUGAUCAAAAAUAGUAAGCUCACAAAAGAGAAAGCAGAUAGAAAAGAAAGAUUUUUUGAUUUGUGGGGCCAGUUUUUGUUUUUUGGGGGGGAUUUUUUGGGCUGGAAAAAGGCCGUGACAGCAGUCGUUCCAUCUUGCUGACUGAAAUAUUGAAUGUAGUUUUAAUACUGCAAGCUUGUUUUUUUGUUUUUUUUUUAAAGAGUUUAUUUCCAGUUGUUGAACUGCAUGGGAUUAUAUUAUCAAUAUUAAUAGUGUAUACAUUACUUUGAAAAAGUAUUUGAAACAUCCUUCUUUCUUAUAUUUUUGUUUGUAUUUUAUGUGAAUGUUCUCUGGGUCAGAGCUUUAAAUUUGACAUAAAAUAAAGGCAUUCUGAAUAAACAGGAAAUGCUCAUUUAAAGUUGUUUAUAUUUGAUCAAAAAUAUGAUAAAACCAACAUUUAUUUAAAAGCUCUUCAUCCCCUUUGUCCAGAAACUACAUUGUUUAAUGUUUACAGCCGGACUAAACAAGUCCCAGACCUGAAAACUGUAAACACUGUUAAACUAAUUCCUUAUUUUAAUAGACCAUAUUCACAGCCCUUAAGAUGGCUUAAAGGUUUGAGUACUGACUCAGCAGAUCAAACAAAAUACAGGAUAAGUUAAAGAACCAUGUAAUUGAAUUACAACAGUGAGAAAUUAUGGAUAAAUAGUGAAUUUAUAUAGCAUUUAUAUAUUGCUUUUCUAGUCAUACUAACUGAUAGAAUUUAUUUAUAAACUAUUAAUAUUGACACUAUAAUGAAAAAACAAGGAAACCAGGUGGGGUUGCAGGUUAAUUUCAAUGACACAGUCCCCAUUAAAGCCUGGGCUGCAGUGUUAUUAUAGAACUUAAGCUGUGUGAAUGCUGCUGCCAUGACCUUGUUUACGGUCAGUAUGUUUUGAUCAGAGUUAACAGGCUAAAUGAUCUCAUGUCCGGUAUUUGUCAAUGCAGUAGGUCCAACUCACUCUCACUGUAGCCAAUGGUAUAUAUAGUAGUCCCCUAAGUAGCCAUACUUGUUCCCCACACCAGUAUUUGUGUGUGUUUGAUCCAUGAUGAGAUUUCACAUUUGAGUUUUAACACAUUUAUCCUGUUCAGAUAUUGUAUGCUAUUGACUUAUUUAUUUUUUCAAAUAUUAUCUUUGAUGUUAGAGGUUAUUGCAUGUGAUUUUGGACAGUGUUUUUCUACAGUUAAACAUGUGUAAUAUGUUUGAUUUGUUUAUAUAAAUAAUAAUGUAAUAAGAAGAUAAUGACACAGUCCUUAAUGUUGCAUGUUGUAGGCUGCACACACCUGACUUAAUUAAUGUACAGUAACAAAUGCAUUGUAGUGAUCUGAAAAUGGAUGAAUGUAUCGUAAGGUUGGUCUCCAGCCAAAAAUCAUGCAUCUUGGUAAGUGCCAUUUCUUUUACAUAAGAGCAGGGAGUAAUAUUUUUGUUAAAAAAAUUUUUAGAAGACGCACUAUAUCUUUCAGUAUCUUGCAUUAUGAUGCGAAUGAUAAAGUGUUUAAAUUCUUUUUUUCAGUAAUGGAUGGUAUACCUAAAGUUUUAAGAUUACUUUUCAGAAUUGUUACUUUUUUUUUCUCUUGUCCCAACUGAAGUUUUUCUAAAUCCCAAAAUAUGAUUAAUAAACUAUACCGAUUCAGACACGUGCAUCAACAUGCCAUCUGGUGUGGUCAUCUGUCAGUAGGGCUUUAGCUUUUGUUUUCCUAAAACCUCAGCAGAGAUUAUUGACCUAACAGGAAAAUACUAACUGCUGUUAUCGUUUGGUCUCAGGUUUCUUUCAGUGCACCAAAAAACUCUUUCUGAGCGAUCGGGCCACAGAACUUCAGAUCAAGGAGUUUGCGCGUAAAAAUGCAGCUAAUGCACUGUCAGUUGCCAACAUGGUCAUGGGCAUGGCCUCGAUUCUCAGCAGCCUUAAUGGGCACCAUCACGCUGCGUGUUGGCUCGUUCUGAUUGGCUACCUCCUGGAUUUGGCAGAUGGAGCAGUUGCCAGGCAACUCAAUGCAUGCUCUGCACUGGGUGCCAAGCUAGAUGAUUUUGCUGACUUCACGACCUUUGGGAUUGCAACGUCGUUGCUCCUGAGAACAUCUGAUCUGCUCGACAACAUCCUGUGCAUGUGUUACGUCCUUUCUGUCUUUGUCCGCCUCUGUUUCUUCUCCAGUGGGAUCCCUUUCAUGUACCGUGGUCUGCCCUGUAUUUACUCGUCGGCCAUCCUGGCCAGUGCCUCUUUGCUGUCAGGGGGAAGCAUGGCAUUGCUCCGAGUCAUUGCAGUUGCCAUGAUCCUCUUCAUGAUCAGCCAGAACUUUUACCCUCAUGACAGAGUGCUGGAGUCCCAGGCCUGGAAGAAAGUAGUCUACGCUGGAGGAAUCAUCAUGUUGUUCUGCUCUUCCUUCCCUCCUGCAUGUAUGUACUACCUGCUGUGGUCCGUCUCCUACAUUUUGUUCCCAACAUCGCUAUGGAGCAGUAAAGUGUAAAAGGGAUGCUGGUACGCUUAAAAAUACUCCCAAAUAGGUUUACCUCAGCCCGUCCAGGUGAACCGAGGAUUACAAGAUUGCUGCUACGCCUUACUGCCGUGGAGCAUUCAAGCUAAUUCAUGCAUCGCAUGCAUACACUCUGAUUAACCUUUUUUUUUUUGAUGUGACACCUCUGGGACAACCCAAAACUCAGUUAGAAUGAGAGAUGAACAAGGAAUUUUAUGUUACUAGUGAGGAUUAACCUUCAUUCUGUCUUCUAUUAAACCCCCUUCUUCCGUAUUAAUCCAAUCUUGGUCAGUAUUGGGAGCACAUGGCAGCAGGUAAUUCUACAGUACGAUUUUAAAUAUUAUUUAAAAAAAAUAUACAUUUCAAUUAUUUUCUUACUUCUAACUUGUUGUGGUUUAUCACACAGGACUUAAUAAUAUUUAUUUCACAGUGCUGAGCGUAGUAAAAGAAAUGGCUAUUGAAAAAGUAAAAAUAUGUAGGUAUGGCUUUUAAUCCAUGAAUCAAAAAUUAUAUCUCAUUGAGAUUCAGAAUUUCAUGCCCUUUAUAUAUCUGUAUUUUAUAACAGAGUCAUUUUAAUUCAUCCAGUACUAAGACCCAUUUUGAGUAAAGUGAUAUUUUUUUAACGUUUGUUUUUUGGAUUGAGAUCAUUACCAUUUAUGGGGAGGUCUUAAAUCCAGUGAUUAAGGAAAAUAUAAAUAUUUAAUAUGAUUGUAGUGUCCUUCACAAUUUUGAUUUGGUGUUUUAAUGUAUGUUUUAAAUAACUUAAACUGAAACUGACCAGAACUCUAGCUUUUGUAAAUUAGGGACAUUUAUUUAGCCUUAAAGACUUUCAAUUUUUUACCAAGUUGUGAAUCUGUCCAAAAAAAAUGAUGCAAUAGAUUCCCUUAUUUAAUCUGUGUGAUUUCUUUUUUUUUUCUUCACUGGACUCUAAUGGUGAUGAAUUAGUAAUGUCACAUCAGGUGUUUUCAGAACAUCUUACGUGGCAUACGGAAUCAAGGUGAAAUACAAAACCCCAGCAGUUUUCUGCCUCAUGUAGUGUGAAUUUACCCUUAGAGAGGCUUCUAAACCUCUUCUGCCAUCUAGUGGGUAAAAUUGCUGCAUGUUCUGCUUCAACUUAAAGGCAAGAUAAUGUCACAGUCAGUGCUGAGAUUGAUCACAAGCAUAGUGCAGCAGACUUUAAACCCAAAGAGGCUGAUGGAGGAAAUAAUGUGUGUAUGGUAUUCUUUAUCUUGGCCAGUAUAUAUCUGAUCUGAGAGAAAUCACUUUUUUGUAGCUCAGUCUUAUUUAGUAAGGAUGCAUUUUUGAAAUCUCUCAUUGUGUUUCACAGUGGGUGUUAGUGCCUCUGCAUUGUGAAUAACAAAUGGGAAGAUUACAUAGUUUUGUACCAAUUUGUUCAGAAGCCUGAUGAAAUAUGAGUACAGAGUAACAGUUGAAUGUGUCUGUUUUCAGGCCUAAUGAUAGCACUUGUGUAUAUUAUGAUUUAUUGCCCGCCCUUUGAAAACCAUCAUCCUUGAGCUCACACUCAGAGGUGUCAAAUUAUGGUAUGACAUCACUCACAGUUUAGGUUCAGUGAUUUUAAUUACUUGAGUCUUCUGUAAGCCACAGCCUUUAGUUUUAGAAGUUUAACUUACGUUUUCCAUAUUAGUCUGCCUUAAAGAGCUAUUCGAAGGAAUGAUAAUCAAGUGGAGCACAAUUUCAUAAUUCAAGACCUGUGUUUAAAAAUUAGAAAUAAAAAGCAAAAACAAAUGUAAUGUCUUCUGAUUCAGUUAUGAUUUAGAAUCAGUGUGGUUCAUUCCCAACGUGGUUUACGAUAACUAGUGGUACAAUUAAAAUUUAAGGUGUAAUGUAUAAACCCAAACUGAACCCAGAUAUAGUCAUUCAGUGGUGCAUUCAGCUUUUCUGUGUGGGUGUUUCUGGUUUUGAAACUGUAAAAACUGAAAAUGUUUGCAUGCCAAGAGCCUUAUAGAUACAAAAACUGUACUUUGCCCAAUAAUAGUGGAAAGUAGAAAAGUUUUCGAUGAAUAAUAAAAUAUGUGCUUUUAGAUCUGUACAAUUUGAAAAUAAAGCUGUAUUAAUAAAAAAUACUUGGAAUCAGA